AACCACAGCGAUAGGGCCUACUGUAGGUACGGGUGAGGACCAUUGUGUUAUUCCAGUGCCAAGUUAUAAAAUGUUUUUGUAGAACCAUCUGGAAAAGGCAAAUGUCUAGAAUAUAGUUGUGAAGCCAACGAUAAAAAUAAGCCAUAUAAAAACCUUCUCUUUUGAGAGGGUCAGCUUACUCUUUUCCUUAGCUUAUAUAUACACACACAACUCUUGAAAGUAAAAUGUCCGUCAAAAACAGCUGUUCAACCUAUCUUGACUUCCCAACAAACAUGAUGAGUUCAAAGCUACAUAAUAGUCAUUUGUUAAAAAGACCACCAGCUGCAGUUGAUUGGGCGUAUCAAUCGUACUUAGAAAUGGCGCAAGAUCUGAGUCACACCGACUCUAGGAAACCUCAAAUUUGCAUCAAAGGUCUUCCAGCAGGAGACUUGAAUGACAGUGGCUCUGUCGCAGCAGCAGUAUCAGCAGGCGACAAACACUUUAAUGCUGACAAAAGUAACAAUAAUACGACACAUCAAACAGUCACCGUUUAUGUGGAUAGACUUUGCAAUAAAACACAACAGGAAUCGUAUGGUUCGUGCACCAUUAUAGAAACGCAUCCUUCCAUUGAUAGGGUUGAAAGCGAUGACUCUAACGUCAAUCAAGAGAACAAAAACAAUAACAACGAAGCAGGUGAUACUAUUUCGGAUAACAGCGAUGAUGAUAUACAUACAGUAACAACAUCCUCGACAGAUCCUAACAGAAAAAAGAAUAUAUUCCGCUAUUACGAAACAUAUCAAUUAGCGCAGCAGCAAAAUCAGCCAUUGCUAAAGCUCCAGACAGUGGAGGAAAGAAAUAGUAGCAUUGAUUUAGAGGCUGAAGUACAUCCACCAUCAGCGAGCAGUAGCACAGCCAAGAUAGGUCAAAAACCAAAGAAAAAGAAUAUCUCAGCGCGGCACUGCUGCAAAUUCAUCUUUGCAAGGAUGCGCUUAUCAGUGGAGAAACCAUUCGCUUUGAUAAAUAAGCGCUUUACAUAACCAUAGAUAGAAUUGAUAUGGUUUAUUAUAUCCCUUUCAUCAAUCAUAGAAAUAUACACAUCACACAACUUGAUGCCAGCUACGGAAAAUAUCAAUUAAUUAUGAAAUCAUUAGAUAAUAAUGGUAAAUAAUUACAUAAGCCCUCUUUCUCACUUGAAGCAUUUAUAAAUCAAUUCAAAAUACCAGUCCUUUUACCGUGUCAUAAUGUGUCUCUGUUGAACACAGCGAAGCUUAGUCCUUUUUAAGGCGACGUAUUGACUACAUUAUAUUCCUUAAGAAAAACUCUUUGACGAGAAAGCAGACUAUUAUUGUCAAACUUAGUCGUUAAUGGAUUCUUUCCAAGAUGUAAGG